AUGGAGCGUGAUCUAUCAUUCACCCACCUACCCACCCCUCAGCAGCCCGCAUUCAUAGUUGGAGCAGUCAUGCUUGCCCAACUUACAAACUACAUCCUCGUCCCACGUAUGAUACGAAAGUCCGAAAACUCCACGACGAUAUACAGUUACAUCGCCGGCUUGCAGUUCGGCCUGGGCCUCUUCAUAACCGGAAUGGCGAAGUCGGCAAAGGUACUUGGAUUCUUUAGCUGGUUUGACCGGUCUAAAUUCGACCCAUCCCUGAGCCUGGUCAUGCUGUUCGCUGUUAUCCCCAACCUCAUCUCAUACAUGAAAUUGGGAGCUGCGUCCGGAGAUGAAAACGGGAAGAAACGGCCGACUCUGGCGGACAUGUUUCAGCUGCCAACAGCUACUAUGGCAGAUAUUGAUUGGCGAUUUGUUGCGGGCGGUGUAGCGUUCGGGGUUGGGUGGGGAUUGUCAGGGGUGUGUCCUGGGCCUGGUUUGCUCAGGACCGUUCUACAGCCUAAAUGGGGCUUGCUUUGGAUGGGAGGAUAUAUGUUGGGGGCUCUGUCGGGACAUUUUACUCUUUUCCUGUAG